GGUAGUAGUGUAGCUCGAGAGAGUCUCUCGGGAGGCUGGAUUAGCCACAAGUUGUGGUGAAUCAGGGUAAAAUCGGUGUGCCUCUUACUCUUCUCUUUAUUUCUCGUUUAUUCAUUUUUUAUUCCUGCGAUUUUUGAUCAAACGCUAUUCACCCCCCCUCUAGCGUUAGUCUCUUAUUCUAACAAUUGGUAUUAGAGCCUAACUCGCGUCCAAACUUAACCGUUUGAGAGUAAAGCGAUCAUGGGCUCUUCUUCUAGAAAUCUCUAUGCAGGAAUUGGAGAAGGUCAAUCAACUUCUAGGCCACCACUCUUUGAUGGCACCAACUACUCUUAUUGGAAGGAACGCAUGAGAAUCUACAUUCGUUCCACCAACUUCCAAUUAUGGUUGGUGAUCAAAAAUGGCGAAGAAAUCCCUAUGAAGAAAGUGGGAGAAACCACGGUCCCAAAGACCGAAAACGAAUUUGAUGCCGAGGACAUCAAGAAGAUUGAAAACUAUGCAAAGCCCAUCAAUAUGCUAUAUUGCGCGGUCAACCCCGAUGACUACCGAAAGAUCUCCUGUUGCACAACUGCCAAGGAGAUGUGGGACAAGCUUGAAGUGACGUACGAAGGUACCGAUCAAGUUCGCGAAGCCAAGAUCGAUUUUCUCACCCAAAAGUACGAAAUGUUCCGGAUGAAAGAAGGUGAGAAAAUUGACGACAUGUUCGACCGGUUUUCAAAGAUCAUUAACGACCUUCAUGCUCUCAAAAAGACUUACACCAACAAGGAUCUCGUGAGGAAAAUCCUGCGAAGCCUCACACCCGAAUGGAGGUCAAAAGCCGACGCAAUCUAUGAAUCCAUUGGAGUCUCCAACGUCACCAUCGACGGGCUAAGAGGUAACCUUAAAACCUAUGAAUCUACUAUUCUAACCCCGUCUUUGGAUGAACAAAAGAAAAAGGGGAUAGCUCUGAAAGCCACCAAGGAACCGGUGGAAGAGGCUUCAAGGGAUGACGACAAUGAAUUCGGGCUCGUCAUCAAGAAGUUCCACAAGUUCAUGAAGAAGGAAUUGGAGCGGAAGGGAAGGAAGCACGACGGUCCUCCCAAGUGCUACGGCUGUGGCGAGAUUGGCCACAUCAAGCCAAGGUGUCCAAAGGCCAAACACGGCAAGGAUAAGCCUGGCUUCAAGAAGCAAAGGGCCUACAUCUCUUGGGGUGGCGAUUCCGGCGACGAAACAACCGACCAAGAGGAGGACGAAGCUGCAAAUCUCUGCCUCAUGGCGCACGAAGAUCAAAGCGACGACGUCCAAGAGAACAGGGCAGGAGCUUCCGGCAAAUCCAAGGCCAAAUCCCGGGCGCCUACGACAUCCACCGAGGAACGCCUCUACUAUGGUGACGGGUCAUACCUUUGGUUUGAUUCCGAGGAGGAACGCACCCGUUUCCUCACCUUCUUCUCUAAACGGGUUGUGGCUCCUCCACGGAUCAUCCCGGAGCGCUACCUGGAGCUGCAGGGCUACGACGACCUCGACGUGCAGCUUCAUCAGGCCGGCCUUUGGCCUUUCGUCUCCCGGGCUCGGAAGGAGAUCAACUCGGCGCUAAUUCGGGUCUUCUACUCCAACCUCCGGCGUGAGGGCGACGUGCUCUACUCUCUUGUCAAGAGCAUGCCGAUAGAGCUUUCAAUUGAGCAGCUUGGGCGCAUCGCCGGCCUCCCCUACCAAGGCGACGACGUCUCCCACUAUGGCGGAGAGGACUGGGUGCUCAACAACGAGGGCCUUAUCCUCAACGAGCUUGGCAUCACCGAGCUCAUCCGCCAUGCCUCGGGCCGCCCCACCAUCCACUCCGCUAACCCCGAAGGCCGUCUUCUUCUCUACAUCGUGUCCCGAAUCCUCAAGCCCCGGAAGCAUGGCCACACAAUCAUGUCCGGUGAGGACCUCAAACUCAUCCAUGCGAUCAUGCACUCGGCCCCAAUCAAUUGGGCAAAGUUUGUCAUGAUCAACAUGACGAUUGCCGCGUCCACCGACCACGAUCACCUCCUCCCGUACCCGUUCAUGGUUAUGGACAUCCUUGAACGGUUCAAGGUGACCACCACCGUUUGCCCACUCAUGAAGGCCACGAAGAUUCGGGCGAUCAGCACCCAAACCUUCAACAAGCAGUCGGACAACGCCGGACCUGCCACUGCCGUGCCACGGGCCCGUUCUGUUGCUGGCCCAGCCGAACCCCAGGCCCGGGCCAACCUUGCCUCCAUUGCUGACUCCCUCAACCAACUGCACUUCAAAGUUGAUGGGAUGGAUGGCUACCUUGAAAGACUUGACGAGGCGGUCCAACGCCAAGGGUACGCCAUGAACGCGUACGUCCCCCCACCGUACCAUGGCACGUUCUUUGGGCAGGUGUACGGUGACGAGGACGAAGACGAUGCCUCCUACGACCCGUCAAGCUCCCCGGACGAGGACAAGUUCAACGACGCCGUUGACAGUGAUGAGAUGGACGUCGACGACGACGAGGAGGAAACCGAAGACGAAGACUAGGACGCCCCUAGAAUUUCUCUCUUUUAUUUUAAUUAUCCUGUUUUUUUUAAUGCUUCCGUUGUACUCCGCUAUUUCCAUUUUUCAAUAAAUAAAAGUUAUCCUCUAUCUUUUUGUUAUUGUCAAAAGGGGGAAGAAAAGGGUUAUGCAUAC